UUUGGACUUAUACUGGCAUCCCAUCCUAUAUCGCAUCGAUUCAUCUUUCAUUCUGCUGGGGUACUUGCAGACAGACAAUGUGGAUGACCGCCGUCGGAAUUCGGACCAAUCAGAGCUCAGAAGCAGCGGUCGACGUCAGAGAGCGGACGGUGGUUGUUGCCUCCGUGUACUGCAAGUGCUGCAAACAACCCCACACACCCACCCACCACUUCUUAAAGUACGUACAUAGCUUCACUGCUUGACUGCUGCGCUGCAUACGAAAAAUAUAAACUCCUCGCACCUGAGAUACAGAUUCAAUCUAGAGCAUAAGUUGAUUAUCUUCGCCCUCCCACUCCGUUACUACCACCAUGGCUGCAGCCCCGCCCGCCAAUCAGGAUACCCUCAUUGCUGAGCUCGCAAGCUUGACGGGACUAGCUCCAGCAGAGGCCGAACAGUUCCUUACCGCCGGCAACUGGGACAUCCAAACCGCUGCAUCCCUCUACUUCGACGAAGCUGCUCCCCAGAACGAUUCCGAACCAGACGUUAACAUGGCCGACGACGAAGCCCAAAACCCCACGCCGAAUCCGCCACCCCAACAGCAACACCAGCCCGGCGGCGGUCGCACCCUCGCUGGAGACUAUGUGCCUCCGCCAGCUUCCUCCUCGUCAUCACAACAGCCCUCUGCGAGCAGGCAACCACCGCAGCGGGGUUUGAGGACAUUGGGUGAUCUCCAGGCCUCUGGCGGCGGCUCACAAGGACACGCUCAUGACGGAGACGAUGACGACUCGGAUUACCAAGACGACGAGAACCAGGACCUCUUUGCUGGAGGCGAGAAGUCUGGAUUGGCUGUUCAAAACCCCAACCAAUCCAAUCCGCAAGACUUUAUCAACAACAUUCUGAGGCGUGCGCGACAAAAUGCCCCUCGACCCGGCGGCGACGAAGAGCAGCCCACCGCCACACGCUUCCAAGGCACCGGCAUGACGCUUGGUGGUGACGAUGAGCCCUCCCGCGCCAUUCCCGACCCCAACGCUCAAGUAUCCCAACCUGCCCCACGUGUCCGCCGCGAGCUUCACCUCUGGCGGGACGGUUUCUCUGUGGAAGAUGGACCCCUUUUCCGCUACACCGACCCUGCCAAUGCCCGGACACUUGAGAUGAUCAACACGGGCCAUGCUCCUCUACAUAUCUUGAAUGUCCAGCAUGGCCAGGAGGUAGACGUUGAGGUACACCACCACAAAGACGAAGACUAUGUCGCGCCCAAGAAGAAAUACACUCCCUUCUCUGGUUCCGGACAGCGCCUCGGUAGUCCGACCCCCGGUGGCGGUGCGUCCACUGCAGCUCCCUCUGCUUCUACCGCAGCUGCAUCUACAACUACAAGCGCGAGCGCAAGCGGUCCACCAACCGUAGACAUCGAUUCGUCGGCACCAACGAUCACGCUUCAGAUCAGGCUGGGCGAUGGCACGCGCUUGACAUCGCGCUUCAACACGACACACACUAUUGGCGAUGUAUACGGCUUCGUUGACCGUGCGAGUCCAGCCAGCACCCAGCGACCAUAUGCGCUCAUGACAACAUUCCCUUCCAAAGAGCUAAACGACAAGGGCUCGGUGCUCGGAGACAUGGCGGAUUUCAAACGUGGCGGAGUGGUUGUUCAGAAAUGGAAAUAG